AUGAAAUUUUAUAUUGAUGAUUUACCUGUACUAUUCCCUUAUCCCAAGAUAUAUCCAGAGCAAUAUGCUUAUAUGUGUGAUAUCAAAAAAACACUUGAUGUAGGUGGAAAUUGUAUUUUGGAAAUGCCUUCUGGUACUGGGAAAACUGUAUCCUUAUUAUCAUUAACAGUUGCCUAUCAAAUGCAUUAUCCAGAACAGAGAAAGAUUGUAUAUUGUUCUCGUACAAUGUCAGAAAUUGAAAAAGCUUUAAUAGAAUUACAUAAAUUAAUGCAAUAUAGAGCAAAUGAAUUAGGAUAUGUUGAAGAUUUUCGGGGAUUGGGUUUAUCAAGUAGAAAGAAUUUAUGUUUACAUCCCACAAUUUCACAAGAAAGAAAAGGUACAGUGGUUGAUGAGAAAUGUAGAAGAAUCACUAAUGGUCAAUUAAAGGAUAAAAUUGAAAAAGGAAUAGUCACAGAAAAUGAACAACUUACUAAUCCUGAAUCAUUUUCAUUAUGUUCAUUUCAUGAAAAUUUGAAUCAAUUAGAUCAACAUGAAUUGGUCCCAGCAGGGGUUUAUUCAUUUGAUGCGCUUAUGAAGUAUUGUAAACAAGAGGGGACUUGUCCUUAUUUCACAGUAAGAAGAAUGAUACCCUUUUGUAACAUCAUUAUUUAUUCCUAUCAUUAUUUACUUGAUCCCAAGAUUGCUGAGCGUGUUUCCCGAGAACUAUCUAAAGAUAGUAUCGUUAUAUUUGACGAAGCUCACAAUAUAGAUAAUGUUUGUAUUGAAUCUUUAUCGAUUGAUUUAACCGAAGAUACGUUGAAACGUGCUACUAGAGGAGCAAAUAGAUUAAAAGAUGCCAUUGAUGAAAUGAAAUCACAAGAUAGUGAAAAGCUACAGAAUGAAUAUGAACAGCUUGUAGAAGGAUUACGACAGGCUGAGAUUGCUCGGGAUGAAGAAUUAUUUAUGGCGAACCCUACCCUACCACAAGAUUUACUUGACGAAGCAAUCCCAGGAAAUAUCAGAAAGGGAGAACAUUUCAUUGCAUUCCUAAAGAGAUUUAUAGAAUAUUUAAAAACAAGAAUGAAAGUCCUACAUGUUAUUAGUGAGACUCCAACUAGUUUUCUUCAACAUUUAAAAGAAUUAACAUACAUAGACAGAAAACCACUUCGAUUCUGUUCAGAAAGACUUUCAUUAUUGGUGCGAACACUUGAAUUAUCCGAAAUAGAAGACUUUAAUGCAUUGAAAGAUAUUGCAUCAUUCGCUACAUUAGUAUCUACUUAUGACACGGGAUUCCAAUUGAUUUUAGAACCUUUUGAAACUGAGGGUUCCACAGUACCCAAUCCAAUUUUACAUUUCACAUGUUUAGAUGCAUCAAUUGCAAUCAAACCAGUAUUUGAACGAUUUUAUGCCGUAGUGAUUACUUCAGGUACUAUAUCUCCAUUAGAUAUGUAUCCCAAAAUGUUAAAUUUCCAAACAGUUAUACAAGAAUCUUAUGCUAUGACUUUAGCAAGAAGAUCAUUUUUACCCAUGAUUGUAACAAAAGGGUCCGAUCAAGUAUCAAUUUCAUCUAGAUUUGAGAUUCGUAAUGAUCCUUCAGUUGUUCGUAAUUAUGGGUCAUUAUUAGUUGAAUUUGCCAAAAUCACCCCUGAUGGAAUGGUUGUUUUCUUCCCAUCUUAUCUUUAUAUGGAAUCGAUUAUUUCCAUGUGGCAGAAUAUGGGAGUCUUGGAUGAAGUUUGGAAAUAUAAAUUAAUCCUUGUUGAAACUCCAGAUGCUCAAGAAACUUCAUUAGCGUUGGAAACUUAUCGAAAAGCAUGUUCAAAUGGUAGAGGAGCGGUUUUAUUAUCAGUUGCUCGUGGGAAAGUAUCUGAAGGAAUUGAUUUUGAUCAUCAUUAUGGUCGUACUGUAUUAAUGAUUGGUAUUCCUUUCCAAUAUACCGAAUCAAGAAUUUUAAAAGCCAGAUUGGAAUUUUUACGUGAUCAUUAUCAAAUUAGGGAAAAUGAUUUCUUAUCAUUCGAUGCAAUGAGACAUGCUGCUCAAUGUUUGGGAAGAGUCUUGAGAGGGAAAGAUGAUUAUGGGAUUAUGGUUUUAGCUGAUAGAAGAUUUACUAGAAAAAAGAAUCAACUUCCAAAAUGGAUUGCUCAAGCAUUAAAUGAUUCUGAUACUAAUUUAUCAACUGAUAUGGCUUUGGCUACUGCAAAAAGAUUUUUAAGAAGUUUGGCCCAACCGGCAAAUCCAAAAGAUCAAGAAGGGGUUUCAGUAUGGAAUAUUGAACAAUUAGAAGAAUAUCAAAAGAAAUUUGAAAAGAAAGAAGAAAGAAUUUCUGAAGUAAAUCCUGAUGAAGAUUUUAUGGAUAUGGAUGAUGAAGAUUUAGAUCUUUUGUAA